AUGCCCCGCCCUCGCAAGAACCCAACCAAGCUAUCUUCCGACGCCAGCUCUACCAAGAGCGCGUCCAAGAAGGCCAUACCCAAGACCAAGGUCGCCACAAAGGCAGCCCCUUCUUCCUCUCCUGAGGCUGUCAAGAAGAAGGCAAGGGUGACAGCCAAGAAAUCAGAGGAGAAAAUCGAUCCAGCUUCCAAGCGAAAAAUCCAAACUUCCAUCUCACCUCCUGCAAAGCGCCAGAAAACCAGCACUGCCAAGCCGACUGAGUCCAACGUGACCGCCGCAGAGUCUGAUGUCUCCAUCCCAAAGACCCCACAAGGAACAGUUCAGACCGCAGACAAAGGGGUCCAAGAGAUUCAGGAUGGCGAUUCCGACCAAGACCCUAUCCCUAUGGCUGUCUACAGCAGUCGCACUCGCCGAAUCAAGGCUGAGAUUGCUAAACUCAAGUCUCAGUCUUCUACUGCAGCUGAUACUUCGCCGGCUGACAGCCUCUGCACCUCUGAUCUUACCCCAAGCAAGCCUCCCAAGAUCGUGCUAUCCAAGAGGGAUGGCCACAAGGCCACCGGCAAGGAACCCAGAAAGCACCCCGAAGCCAACACCGUUUCCCACCCGGCCAUCGACGUCCCCGAGGGCCAGAUGCUGGUCUCCAAGGCAGACUACUACAUUCUCAUGCGCCGCACCGUCACCGUUAACAAGAUGGUCAUGAGUUUCACCGAGUCAGCCUGCGAUCUCGAGGACACGAACGACGACAAGCAAGAUCCCGCCCUGGCCUACCUGUUGGCCGAAGCCCGCUCCCUUGCCUUUGGCGUCCAGUCCCUCACCAACGCCAUCACACAGCUUCCUGUCGCAAAGAAGGGAGAGAAGAACGUCCUUACUGGACAGGCUUUUGGCGUUAAGAGAACUGCCGCUGAGAAAGAGGGCGCGCCUGCUGCAGUUGAGAAGCAGGUGGCCACCAAGGAGGAUGAGACUGCUGUCAAACAGGAUGCUCUUGAGUUGAAGUUGGACACGUUGCUAUCCAAGUAG